UGGAUUCUGCGCUUUUCAAGAAGAGUGCUUGGGACUAAAGUCAUGACAUCGAAUCCACAGGCGGGGUAACCUACGGCAACUACCGUAGUACCCGGCUGAGUGAAUUAUGCGGUCGUAGCUCAGGCCAUGUUGAUAUACUACAUAUCAAAACAAUGAGAUUUCCUGAGCCUCACAUUUGCUUACCGAAAAAUUCGCAUACGCACACAGUCAUCUUGCUUCAUGGCCGCGGGAGUAAUGGACCUGAAUUCGCCGAGGAGCUCUUCUCCUCCAUGACCUCCAAUGGCCACAGUUUGGCCUCAUGCCUCCCGAGCUGGCGUUGGGUAUUUCCCACUUCUCGCGAUCGUUGGAGUGAUAGAUUCCAGGAAGAAAUGUGUGCCUGGUUUGAUGCAUACUCCUUGGAUGACAUCCAUGAACGACAAGAUUUGCAGAUUGCCGGUUUGAGGGAGUCGGUCACCCACAUCUUGGGCAUCCUAAACCACGAAAUAGGAAUCCUCGGUGGGAACACCAGCCAUGUCUACCUUGGAGGUAUCAGUCAGGGGAUGGCAACCGCCAUCUGGACAUUGUUCUGUGGCACCAACCAGAUCCAUCAGCCGCUUGGUGGCUUUGUGGGGUUUUGCGGCUGGUUGCCAUUUGCACGGCAGGUAGAAGAUCUUGUUCGAGGAUCACAGGAAAGUCGUGCUGUCGACGCUUCCAGCAAACAACUGAUACAACGAUCGGUAGCUGGUUUCUUUCUCAAUACUAUCUCUGGUUCCGAGAUAUCGCAGACAACUGAAACCAUCGACGCUUCGAUCUUAUCAACGCCUGUAUUUCUGAGCCACGGAAGCGACGAUGUGUGGGUGCCCGUGGACCUGGGUCGACAAGCAGCUCGAGUCUUACAGCAGAUACAAUUCCCUGUUCAGUGGCAUGAGUUCGCUGGGGCAGAAGGUGACGGCCAUUGGGUCAAAGAGCCCCAGGGGCUUGAUCAGAUUCUUCACUUUCUCAAGGAAUGCUGCAGUCAUACUUAGGCAAGACGCCACUUGUGCGACGAGACAUGCUACACGGUCCUCAUAGACAUAAGAGGACGAAAUGAUACCACUGCCAUAUGUCAGUGAUACAAGAAGCCUGCAGAGAUGUAACACGUUAUGUUCCGGCAUUCCGGGCCACUUGGGAUAGCUUCGAGGGUUAGGUUUAACCUUCAAUCAUCAUGCCAGCGUUACUAUACUGGUAGUAUCAUACAAUUCGAAAAUGAAAGCAACUUCCCGUCCUAGUCUCCAAAUGGCGAGCUUCAUUUCGAGACUACUCCGUAGUAAUUAGUAAACAGCACAUGCAUACAAAAACGAACGCUCGAUUCCACUUCCACAAUCUUCUAGAUCCCAUCCACCAACGGACCCAUAAAAAACCCCACUUACAUAAGAA